AUGUCAAUUAUUGAAGAAAUUGAAACUAUACAAAAUCAAAUAAAAGAAAGACUGUAUGAAAAGUUUCAAAUUGUAGAUAAAGAAGAGUUUGAAACUCUAUUAAAUAACUUCAAGGCUAAAGAUACCACUGAUAAGUCUAAAUCUCUUGGGUGUUUAUAUUUUAAGACUUUUAAAGACACCGUUUCUAAAUCCACUACCGAGGUUUUUCCUAAUGAAUAUGAAAUGCUUUCUAAUACACUAAGAGAUAUUAUAAAUGACGCGAAUAAACAGAAUACUCAAAGAUACUUUUAG